UGCACCAACCACUACAACGACUGCACCAAUCACAACUACUGCCCCAACCACAACUACUACUGCUUCAACCACAACUACUGCUGCUCCAACUACUACAACUACUGCCCCAACCACAACACAACCACAACUACAACUACUACUGCUCCAACCACUACGACUGCACCAACCACUACGACUGAUCCAACAACAACUACAACUGCUCUCACCACAACUACAACUGCUCCAACCACAACUACGACUGCACCAACCACUUCGACUGAUCCAACAACAACUACAACUGCUCCAACCACAACUACAACUACUCCAACAACAACAACUCCUGCUCCAACCACUACAACUACUGCUUCAACCACGACUACUACUGAUCCAACCACAACUACUACUGCAACCACUACAACUGCUCCAACCACAACUACAACUACUACUGCUCCAACCACUACGACUGCACCAACCACUACGACUGAUCCAACAACAACUACAACUGCUCCAACCACAACUACGACUGCACCAACCACUACGACUGAUCCAACAACAAGUACAACUGCUCCAACCACAACUACAACUACUCCAACCACAACAACUCCUGCUCCAACCACUACAACUACUGCCCCAACCACGACUACUACUGAUCCAACCACAACUACUACUUAUCCAACAACAACUACAACUGCUCCAACCACAACUACAACUACUCCAACAACAACUCCUGCUCCAACCACUACAACUACUGCUUCAACCACGACUACUACUGAUCCAACCACAACUACUACUGAUCCAACCACAACUACUACUGAUCCAACCACUACAACUACUCCAACCACAACUACUGCACCAACCACUACAACAACUACUCCAACAACAACUACUACUGCACUAACCACAACUACUCUUGCACCAACCACUACGACUGCACCAAUCACAACAACUGCACCAACCACGACAACUACUGCUUCAACCACAACAAAUGCUGCUCCAACUACAACUACUGCCCCAACCACGACUACUACAACAACUACAACUGCUCCAACCACAACUACAACUACUCCAACCACAACAACUCCUGCUCCAACCACUACAACUACUGCAUCAACUACAACUACUACUGCUCCAACCACUACGACUGCACCAACCACUACAACAACUGCACCAAUCACAACUACUGCCCCAACCACAACUACUACUGCUUCAACCACAACUACUGCUGCUCCAACUACUACAACUACUGCCCCAACCACAACAACUGCUUCUCCAACUACAACUACUGCCCCAACCACAACU